CUGGCUCAGUGCUCUAAUCGCUAGGCUAGCUGCCACAUUACUACAUUCUGUCAGAUCUUUCACUUCCCUUAUUGUGAUUUUGUUUUCUUAUGCUUUCAUUUUGACCAGAUAAUUUUGUUUUUCUAUGACAAAAACAUUCAAGAGGUAUUGUGAUACUACUUGAAACUGUGAUACCUGAGCUGGUACCGUGACAACAGUACAACCAAUCAUCCUUCUACUCUAAGCCAAUAAUAAGUGUUCUGAAACUUGUAAAUUACAAGUUAGAGAGACACCCCCCCAAAAUGAAGGAAGUUAAUCACAAGGCUGGUCUCGGAACAAUACAGUAAAAGACCUGUCAACUCCAGUUGCCUUUUUUUGGUUGGUGACUAGGAUGUGUGGGGACAGCUGCACAGCCUCAGUGAGUACUUGACUGAAGAUGAAGAUUCUCUUUCUCUUGAUUCUUCUAUUAGAUGUCCCUGAGAUGGAAGCACAACAGAGGACGGUGGUGAAUGGACAAGCGUUGCUGAGAUUUGUCUUUCCUCCUUUCUACAACGGUUAUGAGAAGUUCUGUUCUAAACUAUAUCCUCGGGGAGUUUCUGUUAUUGUGAAUACCAGAGGAUAUGUCAACGACUUCUACGAGGGAAGAGUAUCCACAACCGAGUACAAUGGUGGAAUGGACGUUGUGAUAUGGAAUUUAAAGCCAGUGGACACUGGCGACUACAGGUGUGCUAUUGUCACCAUUGGAUGGAAUCAUAUCUACAAAGACUAUAACCUCCAGAUUGAUAGUGGUCGACGUAGCGGUCCAGUAUCCCCUCGACCUCCGGUCAGGUCAACCAUCAGCCCCUUCAUCUUCUCUUCCUCAUCAGACACCUCUGGGCCUGUUUUCACCAAGGACCACAGUGACAGCCCCAGUGUUCCCUGGAGCUUUGGUUUACCACUAGCUGCAGGUCUUUGCAUCACUAUGGUGAUUGUGAUCAGCUCAGUAGUCCUUGUUGUGGUUCAUCACAAAAUCAUCACGAAAAAGAAAUGUGGAGCAACUUCCAGUGACUCAGCUGCACACAUCCUCUCAGAUGUCCUUCAGGAGGAGAGCAGUAUUGUCUACACCACAGUGGACUUCAAGCCUCAUGAGAACCAUACCACUGAGCUGUAUGCUAACCUACAGACACUCCGCAGCCCCAGAAGCACCGACUCACACAGAGAGCCUGCUGGGACAGUGGUGUACUCCACACUGGCUAGCAACCAACGCUGAACCCGAUUAUCUUUCUGAUGAUCCCAGAACUCCAAUGUUUGAAAACCUGCAUUGUAUAACCUCAACCUGGUUUAAGGCUCUAUUCAAUCAGAUCCACUUUAGUCGAUGAUUAAAGUGGGGUUUCUUUUGCGGUAUUGGAGGUGGAAAAGCUUACAGGUUUAUCAAAUCCACAAGCGGCUCCGGGCAUUAUACCUAAAGGUGGACACUGCCAUUGGCUGCACGGUGUCACAAUAAUAGAAAACCCACGCAGCUUUGUUUACAAGUUUGAACACUGCAAUGUGAGAUGUAAUCUACACCUCGAAUUAGGCUGAUAAUUAUUUUUUAAUUUGAGCGUCAUUAUUUCUGUUUAUAAACUGGGUGGUUCGAGCCCUGAAUGCUGAUUGGCUGACAGCCG